GCCUCUAGGAUACGAGACAAUAAAUUCCCACUGUUGCAGCCACGUGGGCUGUGGCACUCUGUUACGGCAGCCCCAGCCAAUUCAGGCAGCGUGGCCAGAAACAGUAACCUAGCUGGUAUGCACCCUGGGAUCCCAGCCUGUCGGGUUGGGGCACACAACUCCAAGGGCAGCGUGGGCCGGGGAUGACCCCUCCCAGAGUAAGUGACACCUAAAGCUAGACCCAGGAACUCCCCCAGGGAAGCGGAGGCGGAGCAGGAUGGCUCCGGGCAGCAGGCGAAGGGCAGGGAGAGAUGGGGCCUCACAAGCCAGGUCGCCCAGGGUGCAGUCUGAGCUUGGGGUGGGGUGAGGGAAUGGAGAUCCCAUAAGGCAGAGAUUGGAAGUUUUAGGAGGCUCAGAGGACAGCCUGGGGGUGUGGAGGGGAUGGGGAGGGUACGGGGGCUGGUGGGGGGUACACUGUCAAACCACCCCAAAUCACCAUGGCCCUGUGGAAGGCGCCUCCACCCUGACAGUGCUCCUGAGCAGAGAGCAGCCUAAGACCCACGCAUCCAGGGGACAACCCCAAGGCUGACUGGGAGCAGGGGGUGGGGGCAGGGCGGGCCAGGAUCUCCAGGGUCCCCUGAGCUGGACAUUGAGAACCUCAGCCCUCGUCACAAUGGGCCAAGAUUCCGGAGACAAUCUCAAGUGCAUGCGGUUCUGCUGAGCAGGCCCAGCACAGGGAGGGCAGGAGUGCAGAGGGUCCCUGGAGGACCCUGAGGGCUACCAUGAAGAUGCGCAGCGAGGCAGAUGUGGACGAGCAGAUCCAGGAGCUGAAAACAAUCACUCGGCUCCAAGAGCAAUGUCGGGCACUGCAAAUCCAAGCGGUAAAGGAGAAGAGUGCCAAGAACAAAACCAUGCUGGCUCUCCUGAGCAGCAACAUCCGACGCGGGGCCCAAGAUUGGGUUUUGGCCAAUAAGGAUGACCAGCGGACCAUUUCCAAGGCUUGCGGGAAGGACGCGUCCAUGAGGCUGGCGCACUGCCGCUCCUCCAUGGAGGUGGCGCGGGAGAAGCUGCGAAAGUACGUCUUCGACCGCGUGAACGUGCACAACGUGCUGGUUCACCUGGUGCGGCGGCGGGGUCAGAAGCUGGAGUGCAUGCAGCUGGAGCUGGCCAGCUUGAGGAGCCAACCGGACGCCACCAAGGAAGAGCUGCGCAUGCUACAGGUCAUCCGCCAGCUGGAGAACAACAUUGAAAAGACCAUGAUCAAGAUCACCACAAGUCAGAACAUCCACCUGCUGUACGUGGACCUGCUGGAUUAUCUGAAGAAAGAGCUGGUAGGAUACCCCACAGAGCUGGACAAGCUGCAGAAUCUGGUGGGCGACUACUGCUCAGAACUGUCAGACAUGACAGUCAUGUCCCAGGACGCCAUGAUGAUUACAGAUGAGGUCAAGAUGAACAUGCGGCGAGGGGAGGCGACUUUCAUCGAAGAACGCAGGGCUCGGGAGAACCGGCUCAACCAGCAGAAGAAGCUGAUUGACAAGAUCCACACGAAGGAGACCAACGAGAAGUAUCGCCGGGGCCGGCGGGACUUGGACUUCCCCUCCAACCUGAUGGGUACAGAAACUGUGAAAGUGAGGAAAAGAGAGACCUCCAAGGCGGACAUCGAAUACCAGACAGAUGUGACUGCUUUGGUGGAGAAAGUGAAGACAGCUGUGCGGUGCUCCCACCUCUGGGACAUCGCUGGCCGGUUCCUGGCUCAGAGGAACACCGAGGAGAACCUGGAGCUGCAGAUGGAGGACUGCGAGGAGCGGCGGGCGAAGCUGGAGGCUUUGAUGAAGAAGCUGGAAAUGGAGGAGGCAAUGCUCAAGUUCCGUGAGACGCCCAGCUCCGUUAGCUUCAAGUCCGUGGAGAAGAGAAUGAAGGACAUGCUGAGAGAGGAGGAAGACAGACUGCAGCUGGCCUACUCCAGCAUGACCAAGAGCCAGAAACUGCUGUUGACCAUCCAGAUAGGCAUUGACAACCUCUUCAUCCGGCUGAUUGGCAUUGCCCUGCCCACAGCCCAGAAAGAAGUGGCGCUCUCUGACAGCCUCGACGUGUUUGGCAAGCUGGCGUACUGCGAAGCAAAGCUCCUGUACCUGGCUGACAGAGUGCAGAUGCUGUCCAGCAGCGAGGAGGUGGACACAAAGGUGAGGGAUACCCUGGAGACCUCGACUCUGAAGGAGAAGCAGAACACCAGGAUCAGCUUUGAGGACCCGGAGGAGGAUAUGAUAGAAACCUUCCAGUUCGCAGACGUGGACCACAGCUACGUCCCCUCGCGGGCCGAGAUCAAGCGGCAGGCCCAGCGGCUGAUCGAGGGGAGGCUCAAGGUGGCCAAGAAGAAGAAAAAGUAACCCCGAGGAGGAG